AUGUCAUUCGAAGUGGUGCUACUACCUCGCACCUGGUUCCGUUCCUCAUCGCCAACACUACCACAAUCACUUGAAAACUUGACCAAGCUAAUCAACAAAUCCUACGAUAAACCCAGAUUGAAAUAUGAUGUGAUUCAAAGUCCAAGAAUCACAUCGCCUCAGAAUUUCUUCAAGGACCUCGCGGUAGCGCCAAAUGAUGACAUUUGUUUCUUUCUUCUCCUCGGAGACAGAAACACAUUUGCCAGCUUGGUGGUCCAAGCUGGGUUCAAGCGGGAUUUUGACGACACCAACGUCGCCACGAGCUACAGUUGCGAUAUUCCGCAGCAGUAUCGCCAUUAUUUCGAUUGGGAAACGUUGCAAGAUGCCAAAGUUACAGUAGCGCAAACGAAUUGGCAGUUUCUGGGUGAAAUGUUGCUGCGGUGUCUUGGUUCCCUUGCGUUCAGAUCGUAUCACGGACCGCCCGUGGCGCACGUAGCUAAACGUGCAUGUCAACUCGAGCUCACUGCGUUUACGUCCUAUAUCAAGGGCGGAGCUCCCAUGUUUAUGAAUUUUGUCAUUGACAAGAUCUUGACUGAUCCGGUUUAUUUUCCACUUGUUUCAAGCGCGCAGCGAGAGCUUGCCAAGUGUGACAAGAUUGUUCUUCAUGGCGAUUGCAUUAUUGAGCAUGACUUGCUUCCUUAUUACACUGAAGUUUUGGAGUUUGUAGAGAGCGACUCGGAUCAGCUAUUGGUUGAAAUUGAUGAGAAUCUAUAUGCUGCUGCCAUUGAUGUAUAUGCCAAGAGACCAUUCCACCUCGCCUUUGUUUAUAGGGUCAUAGAGUUAUAG